GCUGAAGUCUGUGAUCAAAGACGAGUCGGCGUCCAAGAGGAGGGACGAGCAGGUGAAGAAGAAACGAGUGGUGCUGCUGGAGGACGGACGCUCCUACGUACCGCAGAGGGAGGAGAUGAUGGAGGAGGUGAAGCUGAUCUCCCACCGCAGGGCGGAGACGCCGUUCCCCCCCAGAGGAACAACACGUCUGAGCAGCAGGACUACAAGGUCUCACUGUACGUCAAGGCUGGAAGCGACGGCGAGAGCAUCGGAAACUGUCCGUUCUCUCAGAGACUGUUCAUGAUCCUGUGGCUGAAGGGGGUGAUCUUCAACGUCACAACUGUCGACCUGAAACGUAAACCAGCGGACCUGCAGGCCUUGGCUCCAGGGGUCAACCCUCCGUUCGUCACCUUUAACGGGGAGGUCAAGGUCGACGUCAACAAGAUCGAAGAAUUCCUGGAGGAGAAGCUGACUCCGCCUCGUUACCCCAGACUGGCCCCCAGACACCCUGAGGCCAACAGCGCCGGCAUCGACGUGUUCGCCAAGUUCUCUGCAUACGUCAAGAACCACCGCAAGGACACCAACCAGGCCUUAGAAAAAGCUCUGGUCAAGUCUCUGCGUCGUCUGGAUGACUUCCUCAGAACCCCUCUGCCCGACGAGAUCGACGGGGACGCCACCGGAGACCUGCCCGAGUCCACCAGGAGUUUCCUGGACGGAUCUGAGCUGAGCCUGGCCGACUGUAACCUGCUGCCCAAACUGCACAUCCUGAAGGUCGUAGCAAAGAAGUACCGCGGCUUCGAGAUCCCAGCGGAGAUGACGGGGCUGUGGCGGUAUCUAAACUCCGCCUACAAGAGGGAGGAGUUCACCAACACCUGCCCCGCUGACAGGGAGAUUGAGUUUGCAUACCUGGAUGUUGCAAAGCGCAUCAAAUAGGGGGAGGGGCUUAAAAUGACAGGAUGAAUAAUUAGAACUAAAACAUCUAUUAGCAUCAUAUCGUUAGCCUCAUAGCAUAAAUAGCAUGUGGACAAAAGUAAUGGGACACGAUGAAU